CCGGCGCCUCCUCCUCCCUCACAUCCAGUGGCGGCACCUCCUCCCCCACCCAAGACGUGCGAAAGCAACAAGUGUGGCGUACGUGGUGGUGUACAUACUAGCCGGGCCAGUAGAUAUAUGGUAAUAAAGCCUCGUUCAAAUGCUUUUGACGGCCAAAUCCAUCCACCUCGUCUAUAUAUAGAAGCAGGCAUACACAAGGUUUGUGUCUGUCCAUCCAUUUUACAGUAGCUCUGCUAGCUGGUAUAGCCAAGAACCAACACACCCAUUCCACCGCGCACGCGCAGGUAGAGGGAGGCUAGGUAGAUCGAGAUGGCCGCCGCAGGGAACCUCCCCCACCCAAGCCCCGCUACCCUGCUCAACGCCGUGCUGGACGAGUCGGCGAGCCUGGACGACCGGAACGCCCAGUGGACGGAGGAGGCCGCGCGCGAGCUGAGAAACAUCGCGGUCGCCGUCCGCGCCAACGCGCAGGCCAGGAACGUCGCCGGUGCCAGGGCCGAGCUCACGUCGACGGUUCAGCACCUGACGCCGCUCUUGUGUCACUUCAUGAGCGAAGGCGUGCAGAUGCGCAAGCUGCGGCGCAUGUUCCGCACGGCGGUGGGGGCGCCGAUGGUGCCGGCGGCCGCGCCCGACCUGCCGCCAUUUUUCCGUGUGGGAGAUCAAUGCAUGUCGCAGGCGGAGAUCAGCAAUGGGAUCCUCCGCAACACAUCAGAGAGCAUGUCCGGAAGGGUCAACGCGGCGCUGACGCUGUUGGACGUGGUGGAGGCCGGGGCGACCAACCCCGACGAGGUCUGGGGCACCGUCAAUGAGCACCUGGAGGAGGUCACCACCUACACGGAGAUGAUGGUGGCUCAGCACACCGCACUGGUCCUCCACAUGCGAUGCGUGGUGAUGAGCAUCGCGGCCGGCGUCCGCCUCUACGUGCCCGCCUAAGACAUGCAAGCCCCUCCUCCGGUCCAAGCAGAGGCAGCAGAUGCGGUGAUCGUCGGAAGCAUCAGGGCCGGCCGGAGGGAGGAGCGGAGAGUCAGUCCAGUCCUGCCGUCGGUCUUAAUUACUACUCCUAUAGUAGUUAUCUCCGUGUCAACAGCCUAGUAGUAGUAGUAGUAGUAGUAAUCCUCCUGUUGAUGGUGGUGGUGGCAGCAUUGUAUCAGAGUCAGUCUAGUCCGGUUUGUUUGUUUGUUUGUUAGCUCUUCAGAGUCAGUUGUGGUGGUGGUCGGUCAACGCAUACUAGUUAGUAGUAGUUGUUGCAGCAGCUGUUGCUUGUAAUGCGUUGGUGUAUCAGAGUCAAGUUACCACUCCAGUUUCAGUCGAUUAUUAUGCGUAGUAACUAUCGCCGUCUUUCAUUA